AGUAAAGAACAAUAUGGCGGCGUCCUGGUGAUCCGUCUGAGCUAGAAAUUUAGCGACACGGAAGCUACCACUAACUCUUAUAGUCAGUGAAAUGAAUUCUAGUGCAUUACCAAUUGGAGUAUAAAAUAUUUUAAAAUAUUUAUCGAGUGUCAUGGCGUCUCAGUGUGUAUUAUUUACAGCUCGAGCUUCCUUCAUUGCACCACAUCGAGUGACCUGUAUACAGCAUUUCCAGGCUGUUCUGCCUCUGCCGAAGCGGUAUGUGGGAAUUAUUCAGAAUCCCACCGUCCUGAAUCAGUUUAAAUGCAUGUCAUUGACAUCUCAAGGGCGCCACUAUGUACCGUCAGUCCCCGUUAAGCCGGUGAGGAGUUCCCAUUCCGCCGUGGUGAGAGAUGUGGUGCUGUUCGAGCAUGACCGAACCCGCUUCUUCAGGCUCCUGGCUCUGUUUUGUGGAGGACAGUUUCUGUUCUGGACCUACUUGGCCUAUUUUGCGUUCACAGGACUUCGAGACACGCGAAAGAGCAGCAAAGAGCCUCAGAAGGUCAGGACGGAACUGGGGCUUUUUAGCUUUGAUAUGAACCUUGGAUCAAAUACUUGGAGAUUUGGAUUCACACUUGGCUGUAUUGUUGUAGGAGGAGGAAUUGUUGGACUGGGCAUGUUGUUCAGCCGGCGCUCUGUCAGUCGUGUGGUUCUACAUAAGGGAGGUGGAAAGGUGACUGUGUGUACCCAGUCACCCCUAGGAGUGAGCAAUGCCUGGCAUCUAACUGUACCUUUGAAUCAAGUGGCUUGUCAUGCACACAGACAGGAAUCACCCUCUUUCAUCCCUCUCAAAGUAAAAAAUCACAAGUUCUACUUCCUUUUGGACAAGGAAGGAAACCUGAACAAUCCAAAACUGUUUGACGUCACUGUUGGUGCUUACAGACCAUUAUAGAUGUCAUGCCAUUUACAUGGUUUAAAACCAUUGUUUAAAAAAAAAAAAAAGCACAAGAAUUAUAGAUGUAUUACUGCUGAUGAAAGCAUGACUUAUAGAUGUUUUCAUUUGAAAGUUUGUACACACGUGACAAGUGAUUAAAGCUUACAUAGCAAUAACAA